AUAUAAUCACAAGAAUAACAAUGACACAGCAGCUCCAGGAUUUUGUCAAGGUCAAAGCAAGUUUGGGCCUGUAAGGAUAGAAGAUUACGUGAUUGUUUAGGUCUACUGGCGAAAGCUGCAGCCAUAGCAACUGUUCAUACACUGCAGCGGUCUUCACAUAUCAGAGAAUGGGACUCCUAAGGAAAUUGGUGUUUGUCACUGUAACUGUUGCCGCUGUUGGAAUUGGGUCCAUAUUCUACAGUUUGAACCAAGUACCACCACUUCCUGAACUUGGGAACACGUGGUGGGGAGCUGGUGAACCUCGUAAGCUGGAUGAAUCUAUCAGGAACUUUAAAAUCAACAUUUCAGAUGAUAUUCUGCACGAUUUGCAAAUACGGUUGGACCUCCAUUCACACCUCACACCACCACUGGAAAAAACAAAUUUUGAGUAUGGGUUCAAUACCGACUACCUCAAGAAAGUGGUAGAGUUCUGGAAGACCAAGUAUAACUGGCGAGAACGUCAGGUAUUCUUGAACAGUUUUCCACAUUUCAAGACGUAUGUGGACGGAUUAGACCUUCAUUUCAUCCACGUGAAGCCACAGAAAGUGGAAAAGAAUACCCGCGUGCUUCCGCUUCUCGUCCUUCACGGCUGGCCGGGUUCAAUACGAGAAUUUUACGAGCUAAUUCCACUGCUGACGAAACCACGAAAGAAUGUGGACUUUGUAUUUGAGGUCAUAGUUCCUUCGUUACCUGGCUACGGCUUCUCGGAGGGCUCUUCAAAACCAGGACUGGGUGCAGUUCAGAUGGCUGUCGUAAUGAAAAAUCUGAUGGAGAGAAUCGGAUUCAAAAAGUUUUAUGCCCAGGGCGGAGACUGGGGCGCGCUUAUCGUCUCACAUAUGGGCACUCUCUUUCCGGAAAGAAUUCUUGGUGUUCAUUCCAAUAUGUGUUUUGUAAACUCGAUAUCCGCAAAUGUAAAACGAAUUCUUGGAAGUUUUUGGCCGACACUAAUUGUCGAUGAAGCUCAUGUCGAUAAGAUGUACCCUCUCGGAAAACACUACGCACAUCUGCUGGAAGAAAUGGGUUAUAUGCAUCUUCAGGCUACGAAGCCGGAUACAGUGGGAGUCGCCCUUCGUGAAUCUCCCGUCGGCUUGGCCGCAUAUUUGUUGGAAAAGUUUUCAACUUGGACGGAUAAGGAUUGGAGAUCUUUGCCGGAUGGAGGUCUGACCAGGAAGUACAAGCUUACGGAUCUGCUCGAUAAUGUAAUGAUCUAUUGGGUGACUGGGUCUAUUACGACGUCAGCAAGAUUGUACAGUGAGAGCUUCAGUAAGGCGCAGUUUGCAUUAAAUCUUGACAGCAUUCCGUCCAUAACACCAACGGCAUGCGCUAUGUUCCCUAACGAAUUAGCGUACCAACCAAAAUGUCUCGUGCAAGAAAAGUAUCGCAAACUUGUACGAUAUACCGACAUGCCUCGAGGGGGCCAUUUUGCCGCAUUUGAAGAGCCCGGACUCUUAGCCGACGAUGUGUGGGAGGCGGUGAAGAUUAUGGAGAGAGAUUACAAACAGCAGAAAAAUGCUGCCUAACAUUUCUCUUUGCCUUACGUUCAGACCUUAAAGAAACUGAUUACGAUCGCACCGUCAGCGGUGCUUGUACUUCAAAAGUCGUCAUCGCAGCAGUAGAAAAUCCAUAUUUUCUGGGCAACUGAUCUAGCGUCUUUUGCUUUGACUUCGUAGGUUAUGGAACAAUACAAAUCACUCUGUGUGAUAAAGGAAAAAGUGGUCUAUGAAACAUAACUGUAGAGGAAUGAAAUUUGUAUCACUGACUGAGAAAAAAAAGGAAUAAAUAAUUUUUUAUAAACAAAUUUAUAUACAGAAUAUGGAAUAAAGCUUUCAAAAGGA